AUGCAGCCUCAACAUGAGAACUGGACCCUUGUGGAAGAGUUUGUCUUGGUGGGCUUCACAGGCAUCAAUGAGGGGCGCCUGCCUCUUUUUGCCUUCUUCCUGGUCAUGUAUUUGCUGACCCUGACCGAAAAUGCCAUCCUGGUCCUGCUGGUGGCAACAGAAAGGCGCUUGCACACCCCCAUGUAUUUCUUCCUCCUCCACCUUUCAUGCCUGGACAUGUGGUACACCUCCCUCACUGUGCCCAAGAUGCUGGCCAGCUUUGGAUCCCCUGGUGGCCGAAUUAUCUCCUAUUCCGCCUGCUUGGCCCAACUUUACCUCUUCACCUUCUUGGGCAGCACUGAGUGCUUCUUGCUGGCAGCCAUGGCCUAUGACCGCUAUGUGGCUAUUUGUGUGCCUCUGCGUUACCAGGAGAUGGUAGGCCGAGAUGCUUGCAUGCUUCUGGCUGCUGGCUCGUGGCUAGUGGGGUUCCUCACCCCAGCACUGCCCAUCUACUUCAUGUCCCAGUUGACUUUCUGCGGCCCCAAUGUUAUAGACCACUUCUUCUGUGAUGCUUCUCCACUCAUUGUCCUCUCAUGCACUGAUGUCUCCCUGAAGGAGACGGUUGACUUCCUGGUCUCGCUGAUGGUGCUCCUGGUUUCCUCUGUUGUCAUUGUAGUAUCGUAUGUCCGCAUUAUCUCCGCAGUGCUGAAGAUUCAUUCCGUCGGAGGGCGUCGUCGUGCCUUUUCCACCUGUACUGCCCACCUGACAGUGGUGUCCAUCUUCUAUGGGACACUCUUCUUCAUGUAUGUACGUACUAAGGUGGCCUCAUCGAUCAACCUCAACAAGGUGGUGUCAGUAUUUUAUGCAAUAGUCACCCCUGUGCUCAACCCCCUCAUCUAUAGCCUACGGAAUGCAGAGGUGAAGGGGGCCUUAUACAGGGUUAUUUCCAAGACAAAGCAGCUUGCAACGUGA